GAGACAAAAAGACAAAAGAUGUACAAUGGCCUGGGGAUCUGUAAGGAACAACAGCUGGACGUGCCUCUUAAUAGCAGUGGAGACCAAGAGCGAGGAAAGGAACCAGGUUACAGAUUCAGGAAAACUAGAACAUUUACAGUCGUCGCAGCAGUCACAGUCUUCCUCGUCCUCUCGGGUUUAAUCGCGACCACAGCUACCCUGGCAGUCAGAACCACUAGGCCGUGUUUGGAUUACGCGGACGUCCCAUCAUGUCCGGAUGGCUGGGUUGGCUACCAAAGACAGUGCUACUUUUUCUCCGAGGAUGAAAGGAAUUGGACCGCCAGCCAGAGCUACUGUUCUUCACGCGGUGCCUCCCUGGCGAGGCUUGACAGCGGCUUGGAGAUG